AUGAUCAAGUACCUCAAAGGCGAUGUCCUUAAGAUCUCCCCUUUUCCUAGUGUGAUUCUUCACUCCUGCAACUGUCAAGGCAGGUGGGGAGGUGGUGUUGCAAGAGCCAUUGCCCUAGAGUUUGCGUCUGCUGAGGAGAUCCAUAAGAAGUAUUGUAGCAACUAUCAAAGCGAUCCCAGGAAAUUGUUGGGGCUUUCACAGGUUAUUUCCACCUCCAGAGGUGAUGAAGGUAAUAGAGCGGUAUCUUUAACUCCUUCUGUUGAAACAAAGUUCAUUUUAUGUUUAUUCACUUCGAAUAUCGGCGGGUCAAAAGCGGAUCGCCCAAGUAGCAUUUUGCAAAAUACUGAGAAGGCGUUGAAGAAUCUAGAGGCAAAGUUGUUUUGCGAUGAAGCAGAUCUACAUACCCUAACAGACGAUAGGGAGGAGCUACAAGCAAUCUUGAAACUUAGGUCAACUUUUGAUUUAAACAAGGAUCGUCUUGUUUCCCAAGGUCCUGAAGGCGAUCGUCCUGACUCAUCCAAGUUGGACAUUUACCUACCAUUGAUCAACUCCGGAAUCUUUCACACUCCAUGGGAUGACACUGAGCAUAUAUUGAAGAGAAAUCAAAAGUAUUUCAAUUAUAAUGUAGUGGUGUUGUGA